AUGGAUAAAUAUAUUAUCGAUAAAAGUCUUGGCUUAGAUACACUUGCCGAACGCAUUGUUGUUCGACAAAAGGAUUCAAAUAAAACUUAUUUAUUAUCAAAAAUGGAAUUGAUGGAUAUGGCAACAACUGUUGUAGCGUAUCAAGAAUAUCUUCCUUUAAUGAAAUUAUCAUGCGAGAAUGUCGCAUUAUAUUUUGAUAUAUUUACAUCAGUUGAACAUAAAAUUAGUGCAACAUUUAUUAAUCUUGUAUCCGAAUAUUUUCCAAUGGGAAAUCUUGAUAUAUAUUUACAAAAAUUACGAAAUAAAAAAAGUCCACUUAAUAAUCAAUUAGUUGAUAUGUGGUUUGCACAAAUUUUAGAUGGAUUAAUGUUUUUAUGGAAUCAAAAUAUUAUUCAUCGAAAUUUAAAACCAGAUUGUAUUUAUUUACGUGGUGAAAAUAAUGAAGAAAAUUGUUCAUUAAUUAUUGGUGAUAUGAUUCCAUCAUCAGUUGCUUAUGAUCUUCGUAUGCGAACACGAUUACCUCGUCGUGCACUUUCGUAUACAGCACCAGAAAUAUUGGAAUCAGGACAAUAUACAAAACAAUCGGAUAUAUAUUCAUUGGGUUGUGUACUUUUGGAUAUGAUUACCUGUGAUACAUUAACGGAUGAAGAAACAUUACAAUUACGUAUUUGUGCUCGACAUGAUGCUAGUACAUUGUCUGAAACUCUUGAAAAUUUACAAAAUGUACAUGAAACAAUACCAGCAUUGAUUGGUCAAAUGGUAGUUCUGAAUCCUGAAGAACGUCUCAAAGAAGAGUAA